AUGUAUAAAAAAGCAAUCUUCUUCCUGCUGCUUUUGCAGCUUCUUCAGUCAACAUGGGCGGCCCCAUCCGAUUCUCCUGGAUCUGGAGCAGGGCAAGAUCAAGGUGACGCAGACUUUCCGGAUAUGAAGAAUGCGGAGCGAAUAGUGCUCUCUGACGGCAGCUAUUUCUGGCGCUCUGUCCAACACAAUGUGCCCAAGCCCGAUGAUAGUGUUCACAGAGCAAUGGUCAACAAGCAAUUUGAUGACAUGAAUGAGGAUGCUAAAACCAAUCAUGAGCUUAUUGGAGCCAGCAAAAGACCUGCCUUCAUGGCUGCCACCUGGUGGAAACACCCAGAGGGCCACGAAGUGAAGGGCACGGUCCUGCCGCAGCACCAAGGCAAGGAUCUUGGUACCCAAAUCUUCCACUCCAAUAUCAAGAAACCAGGCGGAGGCACGAGCGAAUACACUAAGGACUACAUGGAGCAGUUCAAGAAAGAUCAUCCAGAGCAUGGGGAGCACCGGAGCGAAGGAAACUGCGCUGAGACGGCUACCAUUGCCUAUGUUAAAAACCCCGCCAACAACAUCCCAUCUGAUGGAAUACCCGAUAAUGCCAGAUGGGCCGUUCGGGGAAAGCCCAGGGCUAACAAGCCUCAUAUCCACGAGCCUUGCCAGUACAAUGAUGAAAAGCUAAAACACGGGUGGAUUGUCUCGUGA